UUAAAACAUCCAAGGCCUAGUAUUCUCUGCACAGUUAUAAGAAAGUGAAGAACCUUGUACAUACAUAAUUAUACAACAAAAGAAAUUACAUUAUAAUGAAAAGUUUUAAUUUAGUUAUUGGCAUUAUUAUCAUUCAAUGUUUAGCACUGUUUGAUGUUAGCUGGGGCCAUGGCAUGAUGUUAAGUCCUCCGGGUAGAUCAUCUCGUUGGCGUUAUGAUCACACAGCGCCAGUUAAUUAUGAUGACAAUGCCAAUUUUUGUGGUGGUUUUGGGGUACAAUGGCAUACAAAUGAUGGUAAAUGUGGUUUGUGCGGUGACAAUUACAGUGAUCCAACUCCCAGAGCUAAUGAGCUGGGUGGUAAAUAUGGUGGCUCUGGUGUUAUAGUACAAACCUAUGAAAAUACCUAUACUGCAAAUGUAGGUGUACAAAUAACUGCCAAUCAUUUGGGUUAUAUUUAUUUUGAAUUGUGCAAUUUGGAUGAAUUUCAUACCGAGUCGGAGGAGUGUUUCCGCAAGUAUCGUCUAAAGUUUGCCGAUGGCAGUGAUAAAUUCUUUAUUGGCACUACUUUGGGUUGGAUUGAAUCCACAGUUGUCUUGCCUACGGGUUUAAGCUGUGAACAUUGUGUUCUACGUUGGACCUAUCGUGCUGGCAAUAACUGGGGCAUAUGUGAGAAUGGCACUGGUGCAAUGGGUUGCGGUCCUCAAGAGCAUUUCCUCUCUUGUGCAGAUAUACGUAUUAAGGCACCCAAUACAAGAUCAAAGUUAAUUACCUUGAGAAAAGAGCAAAUAGAAUCUGAGGAAGUUGCUGAAAUUCCUAUUGUGUUGGAGAAAUGAAGGGAUUAUGAAGGAAACGUUUUGAAAAAGAACAAAUAUUUUAAUCAGUAUUAUGUAUUAAAUAGAUAUACUAAAUUUAAAUGAUAAACUUGUACAUAUUCAUUGUCUUGUCUGCAGAAAGUCUAUAGUGUUAUUUUUCAGAUAUUUAGUUUGUUUAGUUUAUACAUCAAAUCCUGUUGUGCGCUCCUUAACCAGUGCCACAGGUGGGAAUCGAACCCACCAUCUCCGGUCUACCAGACUAGAACACUAACUACUAACCUACCGGAGGCCACAUUUAAAAGCCUCCCAAUUUAGUUUUAUUACGACCUUUUGCAUUUGUUCACUUAGAGCAUUAUAUUUAUGUAUAUUCUACGACUAAACAAGAGUACGUUUGACAUAUCAAUCCUCCGAAUUGGGUUAUCAGCAGAACAGAACCUACCAGAACUAUAUGAUUCUAUUGCAGUCCAAUCAAAAAAUCCUUCUAAUCGCAAAGGUUUCUACAAGAUUUAGACUCUUAUCCGCAACAUAGAUGAUAUACAUACAUAUAACAGUAUAAGAUCCGCUUGAGAUCAGUGUUGCUUGAUUGUCGUUGCGUAGGACUUAUCAUGUUGGCAAUAACUGGAGCAUGUGUGAGAAUAACACUGAAGCACCCUGUUGGUCUUUAAGAACAUUUCAUGUCUUUUGCUGAUGUUGGUAUUAAGGCACCUGAUACAAGCAAAGAAAAAUUUGAAUCUGAGGAAGUGCCUGAAAUUCCCAUUAUAUUUGAAAGUUGAAAAAAAAAAAACUUAAGAAGAAAGAGUGUUGAAUACACCAAACAAUUUAAUCAAGAAGAUAUAAUAAAUAAUUAUUUAAUUUAAAUAAACUUAAGAGAUCAGAUCUAAAUUCAUGUGAUCUGAAUUAAGAUCUCCAAGUCGUGGAAAUAAGAGAUAGAGAUCAGAAUGCUUACUACAGAUUUCAAUAAAAACUUAUCUUAUUGGUGUUCGAUAUCAGACAAAAAAAUCUUGCACUUUAAUUUCGAUAUCGUAUAGUGUUAUCGAUCGGUUAUUUGAUUACGUAUACGGUAAUUCAUUUCUGGAACUUAGAAUUAUUUAAUCCAAUGUUUUCCAAAUUGCUAAGAUCUUUGUUUGGAAGACAUCACAUUCGUCGGAGAACCUGACUUUCUGAGAGUCCUUUGACACUUGACUGUUCGCACUCAGUGAACUAUCACGAUAAAUUAACAACCAUAAGAUUUUGUUGUUAACUUUCAUGCGUUUAUCUAAAAAUUUGAUUUUUUUUUGUUGUUAAUCUACACUAUUCACUUUACUUUAAAUAAAUAAAUAUUUGUACUUUUUUUAUUAA